UAGCUACAAUGUACUAAGAGGCAAGCAGGAGGCAAGCAAAAAUCUUUUCCGGUGGAAGGUAAAUCGUGUCAGACCCUAGAUUAGGGCGAUCCCCACGUGUAAUGCGCCUCGGGCGCUUAGAUGUGAGCUUGCCUGGUUUCAACGAAACCUGUGAUAAAAAAGCUCUGACAAGUGAUAGUAUGCCCCUCCGACACCUCGCAUACUCGCUCUACGCAUGCAACAGCAAUAUGCUCAGCACUGCUAGCUCGUCAGGACUAUUUACGGGAGUUGGGUUAGUAAGGCAUUGCUCGAGCAACACCAGCAUAGAGAACAGUAAAGUGGGCAGUAAGCCUCCGAUUGCACUUCCCCCGACAAAGAGAUUGGCUAUAGUAACUUGCAUGGAUGCACGAAUCAAUCCCUUCACACAACUAGGCAUCAAGAUGGGCGAAGCUCAUAUCAUCCGGAAUGCUGGUGGAAUGGCGCGAGAUGCUCUUCGUUCGCUCAUCAUUUCCCAACGUCUCCUUGGUACCCGUGAAAUCGCAGUUUAUCACCAUACCGGAUGUGGGAUGGCUACGUUCUCAAAACCUGACCUGAGGAGUCUGAUCACCGAAAGUUCAAAGGAGGGUGCUGAGGAAACGGUUGGAUCAAUGAUAGACGAGAUGGAUUUCUUGGAAUGGCCUGAUGUUAUCUCAUCGGAAUCCUCAUCAGCAACACCCGUUUCGUCUUCAUCUAAAACUGCAAGUAUCAUGUUCAGCGACAUGAGCGUAAAAAAGCCGAUUGAACAACAAGAAGAUCCACUGCUAGCUUCCCUGAAAUCUGAAGUCCACUUCCUCCGAACACACCCACUCAUCAUGCGUGGGACGAAAGUCAGCGGGUGGGUAUGGGAUGUUGGGAAUGAACAGGUGAGCAUCUUGGAAUUGCACGGGAAAAACAGGAGCUGACGACUUCUUCACUAUCUCUUCCCCCCUGAUCUUCUUUCGUGCACUUGGACGAACAGGCUACAAGAAUUGUCUAGACUGUUUGGAGCUGCAAGUAACCUAGGCUUCGAUUCGCCCAUGUGAUCUUCGUCGAUCUUGCAUUGGAUUACGGUACAAUAGCCAUAUAAGUACUACGGUGCAACAAACGACGCACUUAGAUG